UAACCGCUUAGGCAAACGACGGGGUGGGGCGUUAGACCGAAGGGGAACAAGGGGAGGGAGAACCAUGCUCGCCGCCGUUGGCACCGCCGCUGGCCUCCUAGCCGUAGCGGGGAUCACCCCCGCUUAUGGUUUCGUAACGCCCUCCACCGCUUGGAACACCGCUCGCGGGAGCGGCCAUGGAACGGCGUCGAGAGCAGCCACUACCAUGGCAGCUGAUAUUUUCAAGGCCGGCCCUGUCGAAAAGGUGGACUGUGCGGUGGUCGGCUCUGGCAUCAGCGGGAGCACGCUGGGGUUCUACCUGGACAAGAAGGGCGUGGACUGCGUGGUGCUAGAGGCCCGGGAUCAAGUGGGCGGCAACGUUAUAUCCAAGAAAGAAGACGGAUUCCUGUGGGAAGAGGGCCCCAACUCGUUCCAGCCGACACCCUACAUCAUGCGGACCACGGUCGACCUGGGCCUCAAGGAGGACCUCGUUCUGGCGGACCCCACCCUGCCCCGCUUCGUGUUCUGGGAGGGAGGCCUGUUCCCCCUUCCCUCUUCCCUGCAGUCGAUCAUUACGGACUUUUGGUUGCUUUCAUGGCCCGGAAAGAUCAGGGCCGGGCUGGGUGCCAUCGGGCUGGUGCUGCCCCCCCCUUCGGACUACGAGGAGAGCGUAAAAGAGUUCGUUACUAGGCACCUGGGGCCAGAGGCGUUCGAAAGGCUCAUCGACCCCUUCGUGAGCGGGGUUUACGCGGGUGACCCGUCCAAGCUGGCCAUCAAGGCCGCCCUUAAGAAGGUCGCUCGGUUGGAAGUGUUGGGCGGUCCGGGCUUGAUCGACGGUGCUAUUCUCAGGCUUAAGGAGCGUGCACGGCAGGAGAAGGAGCUCCCGGAGCCGCUGCAAUCGGAGGACCUUCCCACGUACCAGGGAGGCAGCCUGGGCUCUUUCCGCGAGGGGCUGCAGAUGCUCCCCAACGCUGCUCUUAAGGCCAUGGGGAAAGACAAGAUGCGGACGUCGUGGGUGAUGAAGGGCAUCAAGCGGUCAGAGGACGGCGGCUACCUCCUCGCCUUCGACACCCCCAAGGGGCCCAAACGCCUCCAGGCUAAGGUUGCCGUUUGCACCGCGCCGGCCCACAGGCUGGCCUCCGUCGAGGGACUGCGGGAUAUUGUGCCGGAAGCGGCGCGAUUGGACGAGGUGUACUACCCCCCCGUGGCGAGCGUAACCCUGGCGUACCCCAAGUCGUCCUUCAAGGUCGACCUCACCGGGUUCGGCAACCUCAUCCCGAGGAAGAUGAAGAUCAGGACCUUGGGCACGAUCUGGUCAUCGUCGCUAUUCCCAGGGAGAGCCCCAGAGGGCUACGCCAUGCUGCUCAACUACAUCGGGGGUGCCCAAGACCCCGCGAUCAAGGACCUUUCGGACGAUGAGAUCGUGGCGGAGUGCGACAGGGACAUCCGCACAAUCCUUCUCAAGGACGAUGCGCCUCCCCCGAAGGUUCUCGGCUGCCGCUUGUGGAAAACCGCCAUCCCGCAGUACCAGAGGGGCCACCUGGCCAUCCUGGAGGAGCUGCAAGAGGGACUCAAGGCCGCCCCGGGGCUUCGUAUGGGGGGAAACUACAUCACCGGAGUGGCCUUUGGAGACUGCGUGCAGUAUGGGUACGAAGAGGCGGAGCGGAUCGAGGAGAUGCUCAAGAGCGGUGCCUUGGACGGGCAGCAGAGCGUGUCCGACAAAGAAGCAGUUGCAGCGUAGAGGGAAAGCAGCAGCAGAUGCAGCAGCAGCAGCAGCACCAUUAUUGUGGAUGUUUUUUGCUGCUAGGCUGACUAGUAGUGUCUGGGUCAUGCUCUGCACAAAGCCAGUAGGCGACGACCCAUGUGCAUCUUCCACGGUUUUUCCCGCAAAAUACGCGCCUUCGGUAGGGUAGGUUUGCGGAAUGUACCGCGUCGAGUAGCAUUCUGUAGGUUUUGUUACGAGACUAUUGUGCAAUUUGUUUUCUACCCAUGGUCUGAAGCUCGGUCUCGAUGGCAAGUUGGAAGGGGGGGGGGGGGGUCCUUCCGCUGAACCCCCGAACCUUGUCUUCAGCCCGGACAUCCAGAUUUGACGACGAGAAUACGAAGAGAGUAGCGUCCAAUACAACUAGUCUCCUGUAACUGGCAGCCAGCCGGAGGCGGCGGGCGGGGCUAGGUUUGGGUUCACGCAGCUUGGUGCUUAGAGCCCACAAGCGCAGAAAUUUUUGACAAGUAAGUAUAUCGUGGGGACUGAUAUUGUAGGGCGUAGUAGUACGCGUUUCCAAAUUUGCGCCAGAGGCACAAUUAGAACGUGCGACGCACCAGUCUUUGUGCAAGAUGGCCAAGCGGCAAGAGGUAUUUGAUUUCUCUGCGACUGCGUAGGCGCGUCGUUUUUACGUAUCGGUUGUCUGUUUUUAGUGUUAUUUCUCCGUUGGUUUUGUAUGCAUACACGCGCGAUACGUGAGACGACAGUAGCAGUCAUUGUAGGAAGUCAAAAUAGAAGGUACUUCCGUGCUCCAUCACUUCGCGGAAGGCACUUCGCUUUCCAUGGCUUGAACCGGCGGUUUGUGACAGGAGGGGAGCAGAGGGGAUUUUGCGGCAGAGGUUGUGAUUUGGGUAGAAAGGGCGGGGGAGGGGGAGGCUGCGUCGGUGGCUUCCACAGUUGCCCCCCCGUUUCUUCGGAGCACGUUGUACGGUUGUGAGGAUAAAGAAGACGGAGCAAUUGUAAUCAAUCCUGUUUAAUC